UAACAAUUAUUUUAAACAAUCCUUUCAAUUUGUUCUUACAAACACCCCCACCAAAAUUCAGGGGAUAUGGUGGGCCAAUCAAAGCGUGCCGCUGAAGAACGCCAUUUAGGGAUUUUCUUUUCUCAUUCUUACUUUUUUUCUACUUUUGUUUCUUCCCAUUUCGAUUCCUUAAAGAUCAAUGACACCCAGGUUUGGUAACCGGUUCAAAACCCACAUACCAGAACCCUCCAACAAACACAUUACUCUGUUUUUUCUGUGUUGAUUGAAGGAUCUGUGGCCUCUCAUUCUGUUGAUCCCUUUGGGUUUUGCUGAUUAGGUUUUCUGGGUUUUGAUUUGGAGAAUGGCGGGGAUUUGAGGGCAUUCUGUUGAUUGUGGAUGGAGAAUUGGAGGAGGAUAAGGAAAUGGGGUUUGUUGUUGCAUUUAGGAUCUGUGAUUGGUGAUUGUGUUUUGAUUUGGUCUAAAGGGGAAAUAUGUUGGCUUUUCCUGGAACUCCAGGGACAUUGACUGGGUUUGUGUUGAGAAUUUUGCAAUGUGUUUUUGCUGCUGGGUCUAUUGCUUCCAUGGCUACUUCUGUUGGCUUCUAUAACUUCACAGCUUUUUGCUAUGUGAUCGCAUCGAUGGGUCUGCAAGUGACUUGGAGUUUAAUGUUGGCAUUGUUAGAUGCAUAUGCAUUGGUAAGAAAGAAGAUGCUUCACAAUCCUAUUCUAGUCAGCCUCUUUGUUGUUGGGGAUUGGGUGACAGCAACAUUGUCUCUUGCUGCAGCUUCCGCCUCCGGUGGGGUAGCAGUUUUGUUCUUCAGCGACUUAGGACACUGCAGUUUUGGGAACGAAUGUCGAAAGUUCCAAAUCUCUGUUGUUUUAGCCUUCCUAAGUUGGAUAACCGUAGCCAUUUCAGCUCUGAUUAUGCUCUGGAUAUUGGCUGCUGUCUGAACAAACCACGAAAAAUUUCACGUAAUUUUCUUACAUCUCUUCAAUCUUUGUUUAAUUUUUCUGCGAAGCAAGGGGCAAUAUAUUUGAUAAAAUGAUACUAAUGAGCAGUUUGUUGAAAAAAAUUGGUCUUUUUCCCUUCAAUCCGAUGAAACUUCAGAGAAAUACGACUAAAACUGUAGGGGUUUGGCCUUGUGCAGAUUCUUUUCAUCCUCAUCUUCGUAUAUGUUAAUUAUCGUCAAGUUAUACUUA